AUGGGUGGUGACGGUGGUUCGAUUCCCGGUCGUGCAGAUAUAGUGCGAGUGAAAGGGUAUGAGUUCAAGCGCAAUCUGGGCGGCAUGGGAUAUGAUCCGAAUACGAUGGUGCUGAAGGAAAGGGGUGCCCUAUCACCGCAGGAGGCGCGCGGUUUGGCGCUUACGCGUUGUCGUGUGUCACAGCUGCCGUUGCAUGUGCCCAUCGUGCUGGACCGCAGCGGCUAUCCAUACAACAAGGAGGAGUUGCUGGAGCGCAUGUUGGCCAAAAGCGACGUUUUGAAAAGCCUCGGCAUCAAGAGCCUGAAAGACGUCGUAACCAUAAAUGACGGCAGCGAGGCCCUUUUCGCACCGUUCGCCAACGGUACUCUACAGUGCCAACUCACCGGAGUGCCAUGCAAUGGUUCCAAACGGUUCCUCUUCAACUGGACGUGUGGCUGCAUCUUCGCCGAGAAGGCACAAAGGGAAAUCGGCCAGCAACGAUCGACGCAGCAAAACUGCCCAGUCUGUGGCGCACCCAACGCCAAGAUACUUCCCAUGAUCCCGGACCUCGCUCCGCCGUAA